AGAAUUAUUUUCGACAGCCAUGGAAUGUGUUUGAUUUUACUACAGUAAUAGGAAGUAUAAUAGAUGUCUCUAUAACAGAGUCAUCAGUAACAUCUGUUAGUUUUGGUUUCUUCCGAUUAUUCCGUGCUGCCCGUUUGGUGAAGUUAUUACGCCAAGGUUACACUAUACGUCUAUUGUUGUGGACAUUCUUCCAGUCUUUCAAGGCUUUACCCUAUGUGUGCCUCCUCAUUUUAAUGUUGUUUUUCAUCUGGGCUAUCAUUGGUAUGCAGGUAUUUGGAAAUAUUAAACUUGAUUCAGAUACUGGUAUAAAUAGACAUAAUAAUUUUAGAACAUUCAUAGAGGCGUUAAUACUAUUAUUUAGAUGCGCUACAGGAGAAAGUUGGCAGCAGAUAAUGUUAUCAUGUGUAGAUGGAAGACCCUGUGAUCCUGAAUCCUACCCACCUGGGGAUACAGACCGAGAAAAUAGCUGUGGUCUUGAUUUUGCAUAUAUUUAUUUUUGUACCUUUAUUUUCCUUUGUUCUUUCUUAAUGUUAAAUCUAUUUGUUGCUGUUAUUAUGGAUAAUUUUGAUUAUUUAACAAGAGAUUCAUCUAUAUUGGGACCACAUCAUUUAGAUGAAUAUAUUAGAAUGUGGUCAGUUAUAGAUCCUUCAGCUACUGGUAGAAUACACUAUACUGAUAUGUAUGAUGUAUUGAGAGAUAUGGAACCCCCUGUUGGUUUUGGUAAGAAAUGUCCAUACAGAUUAGCCUAUAGGAAAUUAAUUCGGAUGAAUAUGCCUAUAAGAGAAGAUGGUACAGUACAUUUUACAACAACAUUAUUUGCAUUAAUUAGAGAAUCUUUGAUGAUAAAAGUAGGCCCAGCUGAAGAAAUGGAUAAGAAAGAUGACGAAAUGAAAGAUGUUAUAAGACAUUGUUGGCCAGUACAAGCUAAGAAAAUGUUACCUAUAUUAAUUCCACCAAAUGAUGAAUUGAACGAAGGAAGACUAACAGUUGGAAAAAUAUACGCUGGACUCUUGAUAGCUGAAAACUGGAAAGCUUACAAGGCAAGCCAAACUCAAAACUCCAAUCUUAGAAUGGUAGGCUUGCCUUAUUUGUCCUUAGUUAUUUUUUUCUCUUUUUAUUUCAAUCUAAACCUACCCCUUGAAGUCUUUGACCCUGCCUGCAAGUUGAUCAUGUGA